CGAAUGUCAAUCCGUCGAUCCUGAAGCCCGACCGACGUUCUAAUUCAGAAGAAGAGUUAUCUCCGGAUUCCACCGUGGUUUCCUGCUUCCCGGAGUGACAAAAAUGACCUUCAAACCGGUGACGCACUGCAUAUUCGACCUCGACGGUACUUUGGUCGAUUCUGAGAGAAUCUACUUCAAAGCCAUAGAUUCCGUAUUACGUAAAUACGGUCAUCGACAUUCGACGGAGAUGUGUCGCAAAAUCAAUGGAACUACUCGGGCUGAGUAUUCCAGAAUUCUGGUGGAGGACUGCGGUCUCCCCAUAAGCGCCGAAGAAUUCUUGGAUCAAAUGGACGCGAUAGCGCAAGGCAUGCUUGAGAACGUUGAGCUGCUGCCCGGAGUGCAGAAAUUGGUGACACAUCUGAAGAACCACAAUAUUCCCAUGGCGAUCGGGACCAGUAGUGCUAUGAAGUCCGUCACGGCGAAGUUGAGCAAGCACAAGCAGCUGAUGGAGUGUUUCGAUCACCUUGUCAGUGGUAGUAGCGAUCCCGAAGUGACGGCGGGUAAGCCGGCUCCUGAUGUUUUCCUAGUAACCGCGCGGAGGUUCAAGCCGGCUGCUGACGUAUCGAAAGUGCUGGUCUUCGAAGAUUCGCUGAACGGUGUCUUGUCGGGUUUGGCAGCUGGUAUGCAAGUCGUGAUGAUUCCCGAUCCAGAUAUCGUGACAGAAGAUCAGAGGAAGAUUCCCACGCUGUGUUUGGAGUCUUUGGCAGACUUCAAGCCGGAGUUGUUUGGCUUACCACCGUUUUGAUUGCGCUGGUUGACCCUUUUCGACCUGCGAACCGCAGCAUCGUGAUCGUGUUCGCGAUCUGUAGAGAGCCUCGGAGAGUGCUCAUGCGGGGAAGUCGACCGAGAGGAUCGUGUGUGAUCUACCUCAUCGGAGUUAUUGGAACAUCUCCCAUGGGAGCAUAUGAAAUACAUUCAUGGACGACAGAGUCCGUGUUGCCGAUUUCAGGAGUUGACACGUCCCAUAGGGGAUACGAAUGGGAUGAGAAAAUGCUGCGACCACUUUUGUAGAAUAAAUGUU